GAGAGAAAGAGAGAGAGAAAGAGUGAGUUCCCAGCUGCAGUGGGAAGCAGGCAGAAGAGGACAUCAUGCUGCCCUGUUCAGAGCCCCUGCUUUCGUUCCCGCUCCUACUUGCUGUGACCGAACCCUGACCUGAUGGAGGACCCUUCCACACUUCCGGCCGACCUGGACCGGCUGCGUCCUCCCCGGGGGCUGGCCGCGGGCACCGAGAUGUCCUCCCCGCAGCCUGGCAUGAAGCCGUGGGAGCACGUGGACAUGAUGUACAUCUCAGUGGAGAGCAGCAUUGCGCUAGCGUCCGUGCUGGGCAAUGUGCUGGUGGUGUUGGUGGUGGGGGUGAACCGGGCUCUGCAAGACCCCACUUUCUGCUUCAUCGUCUCGCUGGCGCUGGCCGACAUUGCCGUGGGCGUACUGGUCAUCCCGCUGGCCGUGGUCAUCAGCCUGGGCCUCGAGACGCAGUUUUACACCUGCCUCUUCCUCUCCUGCCUCCUCCUCAUCAUCACCCAGAGCUCUAUCCUCUCACUGCUAGCCAUCGCCAUCGACCGCUACCUCAGGGUCAAGAUCCCCACCAGGUACAGCAGCAUCGUGACUCAGCGUCGGGCAUGGCUGGGAGUGUGUGUGUGCUGGCUCCUCUCGGCCCUAACAGGUGUAGUGCCCAUGUUUGGCUGGCACCGGCCACUGCAGGGCAACAUGACCUCGGACCUGAUAAAAUGUCAGUUCACCUCGGUCAUGAGCAUGGACUACAUGGUCUACUUCAACUUCUUUGGCUGGGUGGUGGCGCCGCUCAGCAUCAUGAUCAUCCUGUACGCCGAGAUCUUCCGCGUUAUUCGCCGGCAGCUUAACCUCCGUGCCGAGGCCACGGCCGACGCCAGCAAGUACUACCGCAAGGAGCUGAAGCUGGCCAAGUCGCUGGCGCUGGUGGUGUUCCUGUUCGCCCUCUGCUGGCUGCCGCUGCACAUCAUGAACUGCCUGCUCUUCUUCUGCCCCACCUGCCCCAUGCCCAAGAGUGCCAUGUACGUGGGCAUCUUCAUGUCGCAUGUCAACUCGGCCCUCAACCCGUUGGUGUACGCCUUCCGCAUCCAGCGUUUCCGUGCCACGCUGGUCCAGAUCGGCCGCAGAUGCAUGCUGUGCAAGGCCACCAGUGCCAGCGCGCCAACUUUCACAGAGAAAGCCGUCGUAAACCCGUAGAAAACUCAUACUCCAUACAGCACACAGCUCUAAUGGCCGCACACAGAAGACAACAGGAUGCACAGGACUCUAUGCUUCAGUUUUCAGUUGUGGAGGUUGAGGGGUCAUGUCACGCAUCACGCUAGCUCUUCAAAGGACACUCAAGUGCAGUGAAAGCAUUCUGUUGAGAUCUUUGUUUCAUCUUAACAGUGUCUCCGUUGUUCCAUUUUCUCA